AUGGACUCAGAAGAGGAAAGAGAUCAGGAGUACCUUUUCAAAGUAGUGAUAAUUGGGGACUCGGCAGUGGGGAAAUCAAAUCUCUUAUCGCGUUACGCCAGAAAUGAAUUCAACAUGCACUCGAAGGCCACCAUUGGAGUUGAGUUUCAGACCCAGAGCAUGGACAUCGAUGGCAAGGAAGUCAAGGCUCAGAUUUGGGACACUGCUGGUCAAGAACGCUUUCGUGCCGUCACUUCUGCUUAUUACCGCGGUGCUGUCGGUGCUCUUAUAGUUUACGAUAUUAGUCGGCGUAGCACUUUCGAGAGUGUUGAGAGGUGGCUUGAAGAGCUCAAUAGUGUUAAGUCCCCUCGUGGGUGGGGGAUACAGGACAGACUUGGAUUGUGGAGCAUUGAAUUUGGUGGAGUUUGCAAUUGGGUUCUAGGUCUCAGUUUUUUGGGGAGUUGGGUGGCAAGUUUCAAAUGGUGGGCGUUGGUGUGGGGAGUGCUGAUUGGGAGAGCUCAUUCUGAUACGACUGUGGCAAGGAUGUUGGUGGGGAACAAAUGUGAUCUAGAGAACAUCAGGGAUGUAAGCGUGGAAGAAGGCAAGAAACUUGCAGAGGCAGAAGGCUUAUUCUUUAUUGAGACAUCUGCUCUGGAUUCCACAAAUGUUAAAAAAGCUUUUGAGAUUGUCAUCCGCGAGAUCUAUAGCAAUGUUAGCCGCAAAGUCUUGAAUUCUGACUCAUACAAAGCUGAAUUGUCUGUCAAUAGGGUAAGCCUUGUAAACAAUGGGGCUGAUGCAUCUAAGCAAAGCAGAUAUUCAUGUUGCUCAGGAUGA